GAAUCAACGCGUGUCAUGGCGUUGUUGUGGAUUUGGAAAGGUUGCGGUGUUUCCCACAGCAGUUGAAUGCAGCAUUUAAAGUGAUAUUGUCGUCCAAGUGAAGCCGCUUCAAGGCGGCGCGGAAUGCCGGACGAGGCCGGCCCGAGUCAAGUCCGGCCGACGUUCCAACCGAUGUCGCCCGGCGAGCGUCGGCGGGCGUCGGCAGCCCUGGAGCGUCUGCGGGCCAAGCUGGCCCAGAAGGAUGAGUGGCGGCGACACCUGGGCCGCGUGGCGGCACUCCAGGACACGCUGGACAGUCCGCUCUUUGUGCACGUGCUCGCUCUGCAGCGCGCCGUCGCCCACCUCAAGGAGCAGUUGAGUACGCCACCGGAGGAGAGCGGCCGCAGCGUCAGCCUUUCCCCUGCCCCACACGCCCUGGAGGCCCCGCUUGCCCUUGGUGCCCCGCCCUCGCCCGACAGCCUGCACCGGUGGAUCGUGGCUGCCGCUGCGGGUCGGCCCAGUGAGCGCGUGAGUCUGACGCGUCCGGCCGCGGGGGGUUUGGGUUUCAGCGUGACAGGCCUCCACCCAGGAAGUGGCCGUCCCGACGCCUUCGUCAAGCACAUCCAGCCCGGGAGCGUCGCUGACAGGGACGGGCGGCUGCGUGAUCAGAUAUUGGUGAUAAACGGCCGCCCCUUGGAGGUGGGCGUGAGUCAGCAUCAGGCGCUGGCUUUGCUGCAGCUGCCCGGCCGCACGGUGGACUUGACGGUCGCCAGGGACCACCCCCCAACGGACAUGCUGCCACUGGCGUCAUUGUCGCCACCGGCCACCGCUAACGACGUAAACGCCGCUGAGAGGGCCGAGGUGGAGGAGAUCCAGCUGCUCAACGACGGUUCGGGUUUGGGCUUCGGUAUUGUGGGCGGGAAGACCGGCGGCGUGGUGGUCCGGACGCUCGUCGAGGGCGGUGCCGCUGACAGGGACGGGCGUCUACGCACGGGCGACCGCAUCCUUCGCGUCGGGGCCACGCCCACCAACGGGCUUGGCAGCGAUGAGGUGGUCCAGGUGCUGCAGGGAUGCGGGAGUCACGUGAGCUUGCGAGUUGCCAGGGACCGGGGCGCUCGGAGAACCAAAGCCCCGCCGCCGCCUGACUCUGCCCCUGUGUCGGUUGCUCCCAUGCGGCUUCUUCAGUGCCGGAGCAGCGGUAUGCCCAACCUGGAUGGCUACGAGAUCCAUGAGGUUGCGCUCACCAAGAAAGACGGACAAAGCCUCGGAAUCUCCAUCAUCGGACACAACCCCCUCAGCAGUCAAGAUGCGGUGGGCGUGUUCAUCAAGCACGUGGUUCCGGGCAGCGCCGCCCAUCACAGCGGGAACAUAAGGGUUCAAGACCGACUCAUUGCUUUGGAUGGCGUCAGCCUCCACGGUCUGACCAACAGGGAAGUUGUGGAGGUCAUGAAGCGGACGGGCCGCACCGUGCUCCUCACGCUGGUCCGCAAGAACAACACCGCCGCCUUCCAAAGGUCCCCCAACGCAGUGGAAUCUUCUUGUGGGUCACUGCCCAGGUCACUGGAGUUCAAGACUCACACUACGCAUUUGGAUACACACAGUACGAGCAGCGCUGCUGAGCUGACUCUGAAGACCAAGUGGCAGCGGAAUCUGGGUCCAAACUAUCAAGUACUGGUGAUCAAGUUGCAUCCUGUGAUUGAGGACGACGUCCAGCUGCAGAGCUCCUCCAAGCUCCAUCCCGUACACACGCUUCGCCUGGGCGUGGAGUUGGACUCAUUCGAAGGCCAUCAUUAUGUCUCCUGCGUGCUGCCCGGAGGCCCCAUGGACAAAGUCGGCGUUCUGAGACCCGAAGAUGAGCUCCUCCAGGUGAACGACACGCAGCUUUGCGGAAAGUCUCGUCGGGAGGUGGUCUCCUUCCUCAAAGAGGUGCCCCCACCUUUCACGCUGGUCUGCUGCCGACGGCCGCCUUUGUCCGAAUGCGAAGGAGAAAAAGAGUCGGAAGGACACGGAUGCGGCCUGAAAAAUUGUCACAUUUUGGCGGAUGAUCAUGCGAUGUGCCGGAAGGUGUCAGCCGUGCUGUCCGAGCUCAGGAAGGAGCAGGAGCCAGGUGAAGUCACUGACCAAGAGAAGGAACGUGUCGAGCUGGCCCUGUGGUCUUCUGAGGUGGAGGUGUUGGAGCUCCACAAAGAGGCCGCAGGAGGCCUGGGCUUCAGCAUUCUGGACUAUCAGGAUCCUUUGGACCCAGGCGGCUGCGUGAUGGUGAUCCGCUCACUGGCGGAGGGCGGUGUGGCCCAGCGCGCCGGCGCACUGCUUCCCGGCGACCAGCUGGUCUCCGUCAACGGCGUCCGUCUGGAGGGCUUGAGCCUGGAGCAAGCCGUGCGCGUCCUCAAGGGAGCGCCCCCUGGCGCCGUGCGGCUAGGCGUGUGCAAACCCCUCGCGGUUUCGGCCCACAACUUUGGCCAAGCGCGAGUGGAGGAGCGGGUAGACCUUGGCGGGACUGCUGGCCAUCCGCCAACUCUGACCUCUGACCCAGAGGAGGAGGGCAGAGAGAUGGCGGUGGACGAAGAUGAGGCAGUGACCGAGACGGCGUCGUCAUCGUCAGCCGCCGCUCAGCAGACUCAGACAGAAGACGGGCAACUUCUCGGCCAGCACGACGACACAGAGGCGGAAGCAGACUCGGAAGUCAACUCGAUGGACGCCGAGUCUCGUGGGAUGAUUGACAUGGAGAAGCGGAGGAGGCGGAGUUACAGAGGAUUUUCCAUCACCAGAAGAGUGCGCAGGGGGCUUCCGGAGCGCGAAGAGGGCGAGGGUGAGGAAACUCCUCGGCUCAGUCACUGGGACCCCCCCCGCAGGGUGGAGGUGUGCGCCAAGGAGGGCGAGUUGCUGGGCCUGAGCAUCGUGGGCGGCCAUCACGUUAUCAAGCAACUGAGGAACGGAGAAGAACUGAAGGGAAUCUUCAUCAAGCAGGUCCUGCGUGGAAGCCCCGCCCACGCCACGCGCGCCCUCAAGACUGGAGACAAGAUCCUGCAGGUCUCGGGUUUGGAUCUCCGAAGCGCCACGCACCAAGAGGCGGUCGACGCCAUCAAAUCAGCCACCAGUCCCGUGGUCUUCAUCGUCCAGAGUCUGUCGGCGAAGCCGCGGAUAGCGAGAGACGCCCCGCCUCCUCUGCGGGAGCCGCCCCCUUACAGGCCCCCCGGCCUAUUGGAGCAGGAGCCACUGCCGGCCCCCCGAGGUCAGCCAACUUUCAAAUGCAUGAACUGAAUGAAGGCCUCAUAUGAAAGCCCCACCCCCGUGUGCCCCCUUUGCAAAGUGGACCGAUCGAGCAAUCGGACGAUGACGUGCUCAAUCUUGUUCUUUUGGGGCGGCUUUGGGGGUGGGGCUCGCAAAGGCUCCACUUGCGGUCGGUUGAAUUGCGGCACUUAUGAGGGAGCGGGUGCUGUCGCUUGAGCCUUAUCGCUGUCGUAGGCGUUUCAAUCGUCACGUGACCUUUGAGGAGCAAUAAAAGAAUGUCAGCCACCGUU